CCGGGUAGUUGGUCAUCCUCAGGGGGAAACAUUUGCCGCAACUCGUUUGUCUGCUUCUUUCCAGUCCCGCAUUAUCUCCUUCCGGUUGUAAGCCAGCAACAUGGGUCGCGUCAGGACGAAGACUGUGAAGAAAGCCGCUAGGGUCAUCAUCGAGAAGUAUUACACAAGGUUGACUCUUGAUUUUGACACCAACAAGAGAAUAUGCGAGGAGAUCGCAAUCAUCCCCAGCAAGCCUCUGCGCAACAAGAUUGCUGGCUUUGUCACACAUCUGAUGAAGAGGCUGCGACACAGCCAGGUUCGCGGUAUCUCCAUCAAGCUCCAGGAAGAGGAGAGAGAGAGGCGUGAUAACUACGUUCCAGAGGUGUCUGCUCUUGAGCAUGAUAUCAUUGAAGUUGAUCCUGAGACCAAAGAGAUGUUGAAGGUUUUGGAAUUCAACAACAUCAGCGGUCUCCAGCUCACACAGCCUGCUGCCCAGCCUUACGGACGACGUACCUAAAUUUGUUGUAUUUCAUUUCUAUGAUUAAAGUGGUUGGAUGAGACCCAUA